GCGGAAGCGAGCUCCGUGGAGAGAAGCUGCCGGGGCCGCGGCCGCGGUCUGGGCAUGAGGAUGGCGGUGGGCUCAGUCAAGAUGCAGCCGCCGUGCGAGAACCCGGCCCUGGCCGCGGCGGUGGCGGCGGCGGACAGCGCUCUGCGCCGCAGUCCCAGCGCCCGCGAGCCGGAGCGCGAGCAGCCGCCGGCGUCGCUGCGGCCGCGGCUGAAGGACCUGCCUGCAUUGCUGCGGAGCGGGCUCACGCUGCGGAGAAAGCGGAGCGCCGCCGGGGGCCGGACUCUGUCAAGAAGAAUUUCCAAUCCGUACCUUGAACAUACUCCUCAGAUUUAUGGAGAGAAUUCUUCAUGUGCAGGAAGAGCACUGAGAAAUAUUAUUAUCGUUCAGGCUGCUGACCUGGUGAAGGACAGAGUGAACCUUAAGGGGUUUUACAGGAGGAGCUGUGUUGGGUCAGAACUAGUUGACUGGCUUCUCGAACAUUGUCCUUUUGUCCAGUGCAGAUCUAUGGCCAUAGGAGUCUGGCAGCUCCUACUAGACAUGGGAAUCAUGUCAUCAGUGGACCAGCAUCUGUAUUUUCAAGAUACUUAUGUUUUCUACCAGUUUUCAUCCGAUGAAUGUAGCUACCUGUACUGUGAAUUUGAAAGAGAAGAAGAAUGGCAAAAUGGCGUCAAACUUCUGUUGCAACUUGUUCCUCUCAUUCCUGCUAGAGCUGGCAUCUGUGAGCUGUCUCAUCAGAAAAUUGAAGACGCCGAAGAAAGCAGUGAUGAGAUUCUUGCUCGUCUAACCUCUGCGGUGCAGAGAGAGCUAGCAGCUGUUAUUGCUUUGAAAGCAAGGAAAUCUGCAGUUGAACAGGAUGAGGAGGACAGUGACAAGCGUGUGACUGUGACAGAAGCUGAAGGGGCUCUGGAUCCUCAGGCAGGGGUGAUGUGCAAGCUUCAAGAGAGAGAUGAUAUCGCACGCAUUGAACUGGUCCAGAAGCUGGCAAGAGAAAACUGUCAGUUUUUGCAGACAGACAAAAAAGAACUGGAGAAGUCUGAACACCAAGAUGAUGAAGUGACGACUGUUCAGGUUAAAGAGCAAGACCAGACCGUCCUGCUGCUGAGGAAAGUGCGCUGCUGUGGCCCUGCCCCCACCGCUGGGAGUGCGGAGAGCGAUUGGAGAUACGUGGUGGUGUCGGGAACCCCAGAGAAGAUCUUGGAGCACCUUUUGAAUGACUUGCACCUGGAGGAAGUCCAGGACAAAGAAACAGAGACCCUCCUCGAUGACUUCCUUCUCACGUACACCGUCUUCAUGACAACUGAUGACCUGUGCCAGGCGCUGUUAAGGCACUAUUCUGCUAAGAAGUAUCAAGGCAAAGAGGAAAACUCAGAUGUUCCUUGUCGGAAACGUAAAGUCUUGCAUCUUGUUUCCCAAUGGAUUGCUCUGUACAAAGACUGGCUUCAUGAAGAUGAACAUUCAAAAAUGUUUUUAAAGACCAUUUACAGGAAUGUUCUGGAUGAUGUCUAUGAAUAUCCAAUACUUGAAAAGGAAUUGAAAGAAUUUCAAAAAAUACUUGGAAUGCAUCGUCGUCACACUGUAGAUGAAUAUUCACCACAAAGGAAGAAUAAGGCCCUUUUCCACCAAUUCAGUCUUAAGGAGAACUGGCUCCAGCACAGAGGAACUGUGACCGAAGCAGAGGAAAUUUUUUGCCACGUGUAUAUAACGGAGCACUCCUAUGUCAGUGUGAAGGCAAAAGUUUCCAGCACAGCACAAGAGAUCCUCAAAGUUGUGGCAGAAAAGAUCCAGCAUGCAGAAGAGGAUCUGGCUCUGGUGGCCAUCACAUUCUCGGGGGAAAAGCACGAACUUCAGCCGAAUGACUUGGCCAUCUCCAAAUCUCUUGAGGCAUCUGGUCGGAUCUGUGUCUACCGGAAAGACCUGGCUGACACUUUGAACCCGUUUGCAGAAAAUGAGGAAUCACAGCAAAGGUCAAUAAGGAUUUUGGGAAUGAACACUUGGGAUCUUGCUCUGGAAUUAAUGAAUUUUGAUUGGAGUCUGUUCAAUUCAAUUCACGAGCAAGAGCUUAUCUACUUCACAUUCAGCAGACAGGGAAGUGGGGAGCACACUGUGAACCUCAGUCUUCUGCUCCAGAGAUGCAAUGAAGUCCAGCUCUGGGUGGCCACAGAGAUUCUACUCUGCAGCCAGCUGUGCAAGCGAGUGCAGCUGGUGAAAAAAUUCAUCAAAAUCGCAGCUCACUGCAAAGCCCAGAGAAAUCUGAAUUCCUUCUUUGCCAUUGUGAUGGGCCUUAACACUGCUUCUGUCAGCCGACUGUCACAGACCUGGGAGAAAAUCCCUGGGAAGUUCAAGAAACUUUUCUCUGAACUUGAAAGUUUAACAGAUCCUUCCCUAAACCACAAAGCCUACAGAGAUGCAUUCAAAAAGAUGAAGCCACCAAAAAUUCCUUUCAUGCCCUUAUUGCUUAAAGAUGUAACAUUUAUUCAUGAAGGAAAUAAAACAUUUUUGGAUAAUCUCGUCAAUUUUGAAAAACUGCACAUGAUUGCAGACACUGUUCGAACUCUGAGACACUGCAGGACUAACCAGUUUGGAGGUGACAUGUCUCCAAAGGAGCAUCAAGAGCUGAAGUCCUAUGUCAACCACCUGUAUGUCAUCGACAGCCAGCAGGCCCUGUUCGAGCUCUCCCACAGGCUGGAGCCCCGAGCAUGAGCCCGCUGCCCCGCCUUCCCCUGUGACUGCAGCACUUUGAGCCACGGGAAGGUCUCUGCCCAGCAAGCUGCUUUCCUGUGAGAAAAGAAGUCGCUGAGUUUUAUCAGUAGACCACAAGAAAUGCACAGGAAAGCCAGCCAGAGUGUGUUCAGGAAGUGAUGUCAGCUGCCAGAGACGGAGAGGAGAGGCUCCUCCACGCUGCUAUCGGAAGGAAAAGGCAGAAAGAGCCAGAAGCAUUCUGGGAAUGGAGCAGUCUGGUUUCUCAUGAUCACGUGUUGAUCCAGUCCAAGUUUCAAUUUGAAAUGUGCCAGCAUUAAGAGGAGAAAACGUGUCCUGACGUACAAUGAACUAAUAUUUCAGUAAGAGUGUGCAUACAACAGGAAGGAGUUUCCCUUUUCCUGGCAUUAGAUUCCUAUCCAUAGGCUGUUGAGGGAUGGUAACACCUACAGACAGUGAUGGCACCUCUAGAUUUCCAGGGAGAGGGAAAGGCCUCUUUCAAUACUAACUGACAUCAACAAAAGCCACUGUGUCUAGGGAGACUGGAAGAUUUGCUGCUUGGCAGCCCUGCCCUGCCGUGCAGAGGAGAAAUGUCAAGGCAUGCACUUCUUUGCAUCCACAAUCACUUACCAGUGUCUGCUUGCAGGUGAAAUUAGUUUCUGUACAACUGAUUUGCAGUAUAGACAAGGUAAACUAAGUUGCUUUGCCCAUAAGGAAAAAUAGUAGUCUUUAAGAAAUUGACUCAUGGUUUAAAUUCUGGGAUUUUCUUUACAUUUGUAAGCAGGUUUUUAUUUUUUAUGGGGCACAGUUUGAUUUUUUAAAAAGCGUAGUGCCUGAUGCACUGUAGGCACUCAGUAACAGCAUAUUGAAGUAACAGAAUCAUAAAGGUCUGCAUUCUGUGCCUGGUGGAGCCUUAGUGUUUUGCAUACCCCCAGGUGGGCUCCUUGCCCACAGGAUGGAAUGAGAACAGCCCCUGAGGGAGGUGAGGCAAGUUUGGGUGUGUGAAGCACUUAGCACCCUCUAAAAAGAACAAGAUGAUAGGUUACUGGGAAUUACCAGUCUUUCAGCAAAUGGAAAGUGCCCAGAAAUAUCCAAAUGUCUGAUUUAUGCUGGAGACUUAGAAGUCUUAGUUCACCUCCCAGCCAAAGCAGGAAGCCUUGCUAUAUUAUUUGCCUUUUUCUCCCUGUCCCCAGGAAGUUUCACAGUCAUCUGAGUCCUUUUUAUUAUUUCUAGUUUUACAAGUUGGGCCCCUUCUAGCAAAUAAGACCUCUUAGUGUUCUCAAGGACUGACUUAGAGGGGCUCCCUCAAUCUUGAAAUGAACAAAAAAGCCUAGGAGUGAAAAUAAUCCAGUCCUCCUUGCUAGCUAGUUGUUUGUCACCUUGCUAAAAUGCAAGGCCCUGCUUUGUGUAUUUGGUCGCUUCAUUCUCAGAAGAAUGUGUGAAUCUUGGUGCACUUCCACUCCUGCCUGUUCAUUUCCUAAGUGCCCAUACAGACCUGCUUCCUUUCUGUCUCGUCAACACUCAAUUCAUUCUCAUUACUGAGGUGUGUCCAGUGCUUCCUGACACCCUUAGAGCAGAGCUGUUCCUAUGUGGGGAACAUUUCUGCUAGGACUUUCAAAGAAACUCAGUCUGGCCCAGCAUGUUACAAUUCAGUCCUGUGAAAAUUCACAGGAUUCUAUAGAACAACUCUGCCCAGGGCUGGUCCACUCAGAGAAAUGCUCCAUGCUGCUGAUAAUGAAAUAAGACCAGAGCCAUAGAAUCAGGGAAAACAGCCUUUCCUGAGGGCUAAUCAAGCACUCAAAAGGCUCAUCCCUUGGGCUAAUAGAGAAUGGCAUGGGCUGAAAGCACAUAGUACCCAUUUUUGUCUUUCUGUAAGCUAGCCACCAGAGUUUGUCCAUUGCAGUUAUGGUAAGCCAUUUUGACAUUGCCUCUGCAUUUUGUAAUUUAACAUAUUUACAUUAGCUCUACAUUGCACCAAGUUAGAGAUUACUUUUAGACAACUAAUUUUCAGCGGAGAUCCAUCUAUUUCAGCAGAACACAUGCUGCCUAGACCCCGAUUCAGAUAAGUACAAUCAGCCAAACAAAGCCACACAGAUAUUAUGUCUCAAUACAUUUUAUGUGGUGCUCAUUUGCCUUUUCCUCCAAAGCAAAAGGAAGGUAGGAUCUUGUUUGGUUUUGAUUUGCUUUUCUACCCCGAUCUUCUGAACAUCUAAAAUCUCGAAACCUUUCUGAAAUUUAACAACUGUUUCUAGAGAUUUCCAAGGCAGCAACUCUGAGCAUGUCCAUCAGCAAACAGGCACAGAAUGUAAACGCCCCCCCCCCCCCCCCCCCCGUGGAUGGGGAUGGCCCUGAUCCCUCUCCAGACGGUCAUCAAGGCCUUUUCAGAAUUGCCUUCAUUCGGACUAGGAGGGCGAACUGGGAGAUGUCAAAGCUCUUUUCCUGCUUUCCUUUGGAUUUUUAUGAUUGCAUAAAAUUUCCAUCCACUCUGAAAAUCUUGUGUAAUCUGGCACCUUCCCCAGCGGGUGAUGAAUGGACAUCUCUAAAUGGGUUCUUUCUGUUACAGCAUGACUCUCCCUCAGCUCUUGUGGGUCUUUGGAUUUGUUAGCAUUUAGCAAACCAACCCUGCUUGGAAGUUAGCACAGGACAGUAGACCACAGGUUUCUAUAGGCAAAAUAACAAGCUUUCCCACUUAAAAAAAAAAAUGUACACAUUUGCAGAUGUUCCAUAGGAUACAUAUUUUAAAUUCCCUCCCUUAUGAUCUGUAUAAUUGCCAGAUGGUUGUAGUGAUGCAUAUUAUGACCUACUUUCAUUUUUUCUAGCAUUCUUAAUUGUGUUUAGAACAAAUUCAUUUUCCUAGACCAGUACCAGUUGGAGGUAGGGUGGCAUAUACAUUGAAUUUAGAAGAAUGAGAAUAAAGUGAACAUACCCACACCUCUCAGUUUGUAGGGAAAAGAUGUCACUCGCCUGUGAAGUGGGAAAGAAACAGGUGCAGGGAAGAGAAGGUGCUGCUGAUGACAUCUGAACCUGGAGCUGGCCCUUUGCUGCAGCCCAAAUCCCAGCACUGCAGUUUUGCUAGAGCCGAUGUUACACACUGCAGAACCAGAACCGCCUGCUCCUACGUGGCACAGCCAGUGCAAACUUCUUAGAACCUGGGCAAGAACAUCACAAUUUGGAAGAUCUGAUCCACUGCAGUCAUCCAACACAGGAUUUCUUCUAAAUGCUUCCAACACGUGUCCUUAAAUUUCAGCCUGCUGAGUAGUGAGUGGGCCAGUUUCACUUCAGACAGAGGGGGAAAAAAAGUUUUUAAGAUUUGCCAAAAAGUGAGAUGAAAAUGUACUACUGUAUAAAGCAAAGCUGUAUAUACUAAACAUUUUUUAGCAGAGCAAUAUUUAUUUGCAUAGCCUAUUUAUUGUAUUCGUAUGACACUGUUAUUAAAUACCAGGAUAAAAUCAAUGACCAGAAGCAAGGAAUCUUGCCUUUUAAUGUACCAUUACUGGGGACUGCUGUGACAUUGUCAGCCUGCAUUAACAAUUAGAAGAUAGAAAACCCGCCAUCAGGGUGUCUACCUAACUUCUCAGGGACUACACUUGGUAGUUAUCCACCAUUAGAAGAGCUGGUAAAUAUGACACAUUUGUUGAGUUACCAGAAUUGCCAUUAACAGUGUUUCCUUUCUCCUAUUUCAUGCUUUCUGCCUCUGUAUAUAUGACUGUGUUGUGUAUUUAUCGAAGCUAGUAAGCAAUAAUUUAUAUGUAAAAAUGGCCAAGCAAUAUAAGGUUAAAACUUAUAUAAGUAACAUUACCUUAUCUUGUAUUUUCAAGUGUUUUUUUAACUGCUUUUCCAAAUAUAAGACUAUGUUAAAGAUA